AUGAGCGGAUUCUCGCAGCAGCGACCAACCGUCCAUGGCUUCGAGGCCGAGCCGCUGCAGAUGGACACCUUGAGCGCCGAUGCGGAAGGCUCGGUGCAGCCCAGCUUCAUGCAGUUCUAUGGCCACAAAGGCCAGGGCCACGACCUCGGCGGCGUCCUGCGGCAGCUCGUCAAGCGCAUUGACGAGACCGAGAAGCCAAAGUCGAUCCUCAAGGGUCGCCAAGACAGCCCGCGCUACAUGCAAGACGACACAGAGGUCCUUCUCAAUUCAUCCACGACUUCGCACUCGGUGCGCGCGCAGUCACAGGCCCUGAAGCGCGACCGGAUCGGAAAGCCCACGAGUCGCUACCAGGCAGGCGUGCCGCCACAGCUCGGUCCUUCCAAGGACUUGCCGCCUGUGCAAGAAGCGCUCUAUCACAAGGUGGAGCAGGUUCCGUGGGAGAAGGACAUUCUGUGGGGCGACGAGAACGAAGCAAGCAAAUCCGAGCCGGUCUUUAUCCCGGAAGAGGACGACACGCCGUACCAGCAGUACUCGAUCCCGCGCGCGGCGCCACUACCACGCUCCUCGGCAAUCCCAGGACCACCUAAGUCAGCGCGCCAAGACACAGAGAACGCCACGUCCCUCAUUCCCCAAAAGGUGGCCCCGUUCGACAUGACACGUCCGCGCUCGUACCGCUGGGAAGCGCCGCUGGCCACGCUCAUUAGCAAGAACAUGAACCUGAACGCGUCGGCGUCCAAGGAGGCCGCUCGCAUCGCGCUCGACUGCGCGCUGAACCCGUCGCUCGAAGACGACGCGUGGCUCAACGCGGUCGCGUGGGACCACUGCCUCGACAUGCCCAAGUCGGAGGUCAUCCUCGACGAGAACGACCGGCACCUCGUGCUGACCAACCCGCUCGUCGAGAACGUGCGUGCGACGCUGCGCAUUCCGGAGCGCAAGCUCGGCGUGCACGAGAAGCGCCAGGAGCUCUUGACCAAGCAGAAGAAGGAGAAGGACGACCGUAUCAAGGGCGUCAUGGGCAAUCUCACGUUCGGCGAAGACACGGCCGAGGGCCGCCUCGGGUCGGACGAGCUCAAGCGUAACAAGGACACGCGCAUCGUCAAGCACAUGGGCCACGUGCACCACUCGCUCCCGGCCAUCAAGCUCAGCCUCACCAAGCCCGAGCUGCCCAAGCAGAAGCUCCGCGAGUUUCACCGCCCGCGCGGCAAGUUCAAGAUCAACGAGCGCCUCGUCAUGGUGCACGCCAAGGACGCAGAGAAGGUCACGAAAGCCUCCAAGGUCACCGAGCUCGAGAUGACGGACCCGACUCUGUCGCAGAUCAAGAAGACGUCAGAUCUCAACCCGACCGCGGGGGAAAGCUCAUCCUCCUCGAGCAUGGCCUCGCGCAUCUUGCACUACUGGCGCCCGCCCGCGGCCGACGGCGACGAUGGCGCUACCAAAGGCAAGGGCAAGAAGAAGCAGGUGCUGCCGGAGCCGCCAAGCGUCAAGCUCGGUCAGGUCGUGACGCUCGGUGCGAACGACGACACGCCGUUCAUUGGCGACGUGCCGGCCGGGAAGAUGGUCACAUCCCUCAACUCGAAGCUCUUCAAGAUCCCGAUCUUUGAGCACGCGGCGCGCGGGUCGAUGCUCGAGCGCUCCAACGACUAUGACUACUUUCUACUUGCGCGCGCCGUCUCCAAGAAGGGCGGUUUGAAGGAAGGCACGACGACGUACCUCAUGGAGCUUCCGCCGCUCUACAUUGCGGGGCAGGUCGAGCCGCAAAUGGAGGUCCCUGCGCCCAACUCGCGCGGCGCCAACGACUUUAUUCGGCCGUACAUGUCGUUCCACAUCCUCCGCCUCUUCAAGAAGGCGAGCGACGGCGAGCGCCUCAAGAUCGAAGACAUCCACCGCGUGUUUCCGAACCAAUCGGGCACGGCGAUCCGGAAGCGCAUGAAGGAGGUCGCAACCUUUGAGCGCGGCGGCAACGACUCGGGCUGGUGGAAGAAGAAGGCCGCGCACGAGCUCACGAGCGAAGACGAGAUCCGCGCCAACGUGUCGCCCGAGUCGGUGUGCCUCUACGAGAGCCAGAUGAGCGGCCACCGCCGCCUCAUGGACAUGGGUCUCUCGAAGCUCUUUAGCCCCACGGGCGUUCAGAACGCGAUCGAGCACCUCACCAAGCGCCUCAACUACCGUCAAACGCUGCUCAAGACCAAGGUGCUCAUGCCGAAAGGCCUCGAAGGCCGCACGCUCGAUAACGAAGCCAAGAAGCUCUACGAGCUGGACCCGGUUCUUACGAGCCUCAAGCGCGACAUCCAGAUUGCGCGAUCGAUUGCGCUCCAGCUCGAGCUCGCGCCGUGGACAUGGACCAACAACUAUGUCGAGUGCCACCUGCAAGGAAAGGGCUCGGGCAUGCUCCAGCUGGGUGGCGACGGCGACCCGUCGGCGUGCGGUGACGGCUUUAGCUUUAUUCGCGCGCCGCAGUCGCGUGCCAAGAAGAAGGAAGGCGAUGAGAACGCGGCGACGGACGAAGCCGAAGUGCAAAAGACGCUGGCGGCGGUCACGGGCACGACCGCCGAUCUGCGUAAGCUCAAGAUGAAGGAGGCCGGCGACGUGCUCAAGACGCUCGGUAUGGACGAAGCCGACAUCAAGAAGCUUCGGCGCUGGGAUCGUAUCGAGAUGGUCCGGACGCUCAGUACAAAGGCGUCGCAGCGUGGCGAAGCCGGCGGUCUCGGCAAGUUUGCUCGUGGCGCGCGCAAGUCGCUCAACGCCCAGCAGCAAGAGUACCGGAAAAGUGCGACGCGCGCUACAGUCGUUGAGGACAGCGACGACGACAACGAGUCGGACGAAGGCGACGACGGCCUCGGCGACCUCGAAGAAGACAUUUUCGGCGCCGACGGCGACGGCCUCACGGCAACCACGUCGCGGAACGGGCCGUUCAACAUGUUUCGCAAAGACGGUGUGGCUUUCAACCGGUCCAAGUCGGCGCUUCGGGAGCGCGAUGACGCGGCCGAGCUCGAGAAGCUCAAGCGCGAUAUGGCCGACAACUCUGGGAGCACGUACUCGCGGAGUCGCCCGGACAUUGACGCGUCCAACCUCCGGUCGCAGCUGCAGGCCAGCGGCAUCCGUGACAGCUCGGGUCGCCCGACGUCGCUCCUCGCGACGCACCAGUCGUCGACAAAGGCCAGCUCGGUCAUGUCGUCGGCCGUGCACUCGCCGUCGAACCCGGCCUCGCGUGUGCCGUCGCCGCGCGCGGCGCCGACGAGCAGCCAGCCGCACCGCCAAGCGAUCAAGCGCAUCACGCGCACGAUUGAAGAGGACGGGUCGGAGAAGAUCAAGAUUGAGUUCAUCGUCGAUCCCAAGAAGAUUGGGCAGUACAAGGCGAACGCGGCGCGCAACGAGCGUCUCCAGAAGGACGAGGAGCGCGAGCAAAUGCGCAAGCAGCGCAAGCGUAUGCAGCAGAUGCGCGCGGCCGACGACGUGACGAGCGGCGUUCCAAACGUGCACAAGCUCAAGGAGGAGCUCAAGAUGCUCGAGAAGAAGCAAGAGAGCACGCGCGAGUACGUCGAGCGCCUCGAGAAGGGCGAGGACGUCGGGUCGACGGCCGCGAAAGGCGUCAUCAAGUGCACGCAGUGCGGCGAGGUCGGCCACAUCCGCACGAACCGCAACUGCCCGCUGUACAUGAUGGAGCCGAUGAGCAAAGGCGACAGCAAGAAGGACGUGCGCCCGCUCAAGCUGACGCUGAAGAAGUCGUCGAUCAACGCGUCCGACUUGGACCCGACCUCGUGCACAGUGAACCUCUCCAAUCUCCAGGAGAGCGCGCGUCUCCACGAGAUGGAGAAGAAGCGCAAGCGCAAGCAAGAACACGAAGACAGCGCGUCAUUGUACAAGCGCGUAUACGGCGCCAACAAGAAGCCCGCGCGCAGCCUGUCGCGCCUCCCGAUUGCGCGCCUCAACGGGUACCUCGAGCUCGUGCUCUUCAAGCUCGUGGCGAUGCCCGAGAGCAUGCUCUUCCGCGUGCCCGUCGACGGCAACGCGGUCCAAGACUACUACACGGUCAUCAAGCGACCCAUGGAUCUCCAGCGCAUCAGCCUCAAGCUCAAGAACCUCGAGUACGACUCGAUGCGGUCGUUUACGAGCGACGUCGAGCUCAUGGCGACCAACUCGCGCUUGUACAAUGGCGAGAUCAGCGGCAUCACUGUCAACGCGUUCAAGGUCCUCGAGAAGGCCAAGGAAGAACUCCAGACGCUCAACGCCGACAACGUCCUCCUCACCCUCGAAAAGCAAAAGCUCGCGCGCGUCAACUCGAUCUCCGAGUCGUAA